CGAACUACCUGCGGGGCCUGACAGGCCUUGGCGCGGCGUGGGGCGGGGCAGGGCCGUACUGUGGGUCGCGCCGUGGGUGUGACGCGACGUGACGUGCACAGCGUAGGGGCGUGGGAGCCGAAUUGGGGCACUCUGAGAGUUGAGGUUCUCUGUCUCCCCGCUCAGUAUUGAUCUCUGAGUAGCCGAGUCUCACUCAGUCAACCGCUUUAGCGAGAGUUCCUCGAAAGGAGCCCUCCAUUAAUUUGAUGGUCUUACUAUUUAAAGUGAGGAGGCCAGAAGGGAAGGCAGUUUGGGACAAAGGUUGAAGUGUGUGGCGUCUUUCUGAGCACGAGGACAGAUCACUUUUCUCCUGUACUGUCUGACACUGCAAGUUCUUAGGUGCUAUUAGACGAGCUCUAUAAGAUUUCCAACUGAUACCAUACAGCGCUCAAAAUGGAUCAGGGCUGUUAAUCGUGUGGACCCCAGAAGCAAAAAGAUUUGGAUUCCAGGACCAGGUGCUAUACUGUGUUCCAAGCAUUUUCAGGAAAGUGACUUUGAGUCAUAUGGCAUAAGAAGAAAGCUGAAAAAAGGAACUGUGCCUUCUGUUUCUCUAUACAAGGUACUUAAAUGUUCCUCAAGGGGUACAUCUUAAAGGCAAAGCAAGACAGAAAAUCCUAAAACAACCUCUUCCAGUUAAUUCUCAAGAAGUUGCUACUGAGGACCAUAACUAUAGUUUAAAGACACCUUUGACGAUAGGUGCAGAGAAACUGGCUGAGGUGCAACAAAUGUUACAAGUGUCCAAAAAAAGACUUAUCUCUGUAAAAAACUACAGGAUGAUCAAGAAGAGAAAGGGUUUACGAUUAAUUGAUGCACUUGUAGAAGAGAAACUACUUUCUGAAGAAACAGAGUGUCUGCUACGAGCUCAAUUUUCAGAUUUUAAAUGGGAGUUAUAUAAUUGGAGAGAAACAGAUGAGUACUCCACAGAAAUGAAACAGUUUGCAUGUACGCUCUACUUGUGCAGUAGCAAAGUCUAUGAUUAUGUAAGAAAGAUUCUUAAGCUGCCUCAUUCUUCCAUCCUCAGAACAUGGUUAUCCAAAUGCCAACCUGGUCCAGGUUUCAACAGCCACAUUUUUUCUUUUCUUCAACAAAGAGUACAGAACGGAGAUCAACUCUAUCAAUACUGUUCAUUGAUAAUAAAAAGUAUACCUCUCAAGCAACAGCUUCAAUGGGAUCCCAGCAGUCACAGUUUGCAGGGGUUUAUGGACUUUGGUCUUGGAAAACUUGAUGCUGAUGAAACACCACUUGCUACAGAAACUGUUUUGUUAAUGGCAGUGGGUAUUUUUGGCCAUUGGAGAACACCUCUUGGUUAUUUUUUUGUAAACAGAGCAUCUGGAUGUUUGCAAGCUCAGCUGCUUCGGCUGACUAUUGGUAAACUGAGUGACAUAGGAAUCACAGUUCUGGCUGUUACAUCUGAUGCCACAGCACAUAGUGUUCAGAUGGCAAAAGCGCUGGGGAUACAUAUUGAUGGAGAUGAUAUGAAAUGUACAUUUCAGCAUCCUUCAGCUUGUAGUCAACAAAUUGCAUACUUCUUUGAUUCUUGCCACUUGCUAAGAUUAAUAAGAAAUGCAUUUCAGAAUUUUCAAAGCAUUCAGUUUAUUAAUGGCAUAGCACAUUGGCAGCACCUCGUGGAGUUAGUAGCACUAGAGGAACAGGAAUUAUCAAAUAUGGAAAGAAUUCCAAGUACACCUGCAAAUUUGAAAAAUCAUGUACUGAAAGUGAAUUGUGCUGCCCAACUCUUUAGUGAGAGUGUAGCCAGUGCAUUAGAAUAUUUGCUAUCCUUAGGCCUGCCGCCUUUUCAAAACUGUAUUGGUACCAUCCAUUUUUUACGUUUAAUUAACAAUCUGUUUGACAUUUUUAAUAGUAGAAACUGUUAUGGAAAGGGGCUUAAAGGGCCUCUGUUGCCUGAAACUUACAGUAAAAUAAACCAUGUGUUGAUUGAAGCCAAGACUAUUUUUGUUACGUUAUCUGACGCUAGCAAUAAUCAAAUAAUUCAAGGUAAGCAAAAACUAGGAUUCCUGGGAUUUUUGCUCAAUGCUGAGAGCUUAAAAUGGCUCUACCAAAAUUAUGUUUUCCCAGAGGUCACACCUUUUCCUUAUCUUCUGACUUACAAAUUCAGUCACGAUCAUCUGGAAUUAUUUCUAAAGAUGCUUAGGCAGGUAUUAGUAACGAGUUCUAGCCCUACCUGCAUGGCAUUCCAGAAAGCUUACCAUAAUUUGGAGACCAGAUACACAUUUCAAGAUGAAGUUUUUCUAAGCAAAGUAAGCAUCUUUGACAUUUCAGUUGCUCGAAGGAAAGACUUGGCCCUUUGGGCAGUUCAGCGUCAGUAUGGUGUCAGUGUUACAAAGACUCUCUUUCACGAAGAGGGCAUUUGUCAAGACUGGUCUAAUUGUUCACUAAGUGAGGCAUUAUUAGACCUAUCAGAUAAUAGACGAAAUCUCAUCUGUUAUGCUGGUAAUGUUGCAGAAAAGUUAUCAGCUCUUUUAACUUGUGAGGACUGCAUCACAGCACUGUAUGCAUCGGAUCUCAAAGCCUCUAAAAUUGGGUCACUAUUAUUUGUUAAAAAGAAGAAUGGUUUGCAUUUUCCCUCAGAAAGUCUAUGUCAGGUCAUAAAUAUUUGUGAGCGGGUUCUAAGAACCUAUUCAAGAAUGGCAAUUUUUGAACUAGUUCCUAAACAGAGGGAAUUGUAUCUUCAACAGAAAAUAUUAUGUGAGCUUUCUGGGCAUAUUUAUCUUUUUGUAGAUUUGAAUAAGCAUCUCUUUGAUGGAGAAGUGUGUGCUAUCAAUCACUUUGUUAAGUUGCUAAAGGAUAUAAUAAUCUGUUUCUUAAAUAUCAGAGCUAACAAUGUUGCACAGAACUCUUUAAAACAUCAUUCAGAAAGAACUGAUAUGAAUACCUUAUCAAGGAAACACUGGUCAUCUCUACCAGACUAUAAAUGUUCAAGUUUUGCUAAUACCAGUAAAUUCAGGCAUUUGCUAAGUAACGAUGGAUAUCCAUUCAAAUGAGAGACCUAAAAUAUAUUAAUAUUUUAAUUAAAAAUACUUGGUCAACUUUUUUUUUUUUUUUUUUGAGAUGAAGUCUCACUCUCUAGCCAGGCUGAAGUGCAGUGGCACAAUCUCGGCUCACUGCAACCUCCACUUCCCAGGUUCAAACGAUUCUCCUGCCUCAGCCUCCCAAGUAGCUGGGACUACAGGUGCGUGCCACCACACCCUGCUUAUCUUCGUAUUUUUCGUAGAGAUGGGGUUCCACCUUGUUGGCCAGGAUGGUCUGAAUCUUGACCUCAUGAUCCUCCUGCCUUGGCCUCCCAAAGUGCUGGGAUUACAGGCGUGAGCCACUGCACCCGGUCAGUCAACAUUUUUUAAAGUUAAAUUUACCUUAUUUUACAAAUUGACCAUUCUGCACAGUAGACAAGUUUGCAAUUCUGACUUAUUAAAAUUACUAAUUCUGCAUAUCACAAAAAUCUGCUUAUAUUUUUGGUAUGGCUUGCAGCAUUUAAGCGUCUUCCAAAAUGUGGAAGCAGUAUGUCAGUAAAAGCAGAUUAACCAAUAGGUACUGUCUUUGAAUUUACUACUAUAACACUAAGCAGUGUGACUGGACACAGUUUUAACUUGUUCAAUCUGCUUCGAAAACAAGAAAAACUAUGAGUUAUCAAAACAUUGACUCCUUUUUUUUUUUUUUUUUUUGAGACGGAGUUUCGCUCUUGUUAUCCAGGCUGGAGUGCAAUGGCGUGAUCUCGGCUCACCGCAACCUCCGCCCCCUGGGUUCAGGCAAUUCUCCUGCCUCAGCCUCCUGAGUAGCUGGGAUUACAGGCACGCGCCACCGUGCCCAGCUAAUUUUUUGUAAUUUUUAGUAGAGACGGGGUUUCACCAUGUUGACCAGGAUGGUCUCGAUAUGUUGACCUCGUGAUCCACCCGCCUCGGCCUCCCAAAGCGCUGGGAUUACAGGCUUGAGCCACUGCGCCCGGCCAACAUUGACUCCUUUUAUGACUAGACUACAUUUCUAAAAGAUCUUUGGUUUAUAAUUCUUAAGAAAAUUGACAAUACCUAUAAAACCUUGAAGAUAACUUUUACUUAAAUAUGAAAAUUAAAUCGUAGUUUGAAAAUUAGGCUCAAGCAAAUAUCAAAUACUACAAAAAUCCCCUUGUCCCAGGAUACCCUAAAAGAGAAGUACUGAAACUUUGUCAGGCAGCCAUGCUGGGGAGUGCAGUCUGGAAAUAACAUACCUAAUGUGUUUUUCACUCUCCAUUAUCCCUGAACUUUGAAAUACUACUUUUGAAUAAUAAGCUGGAUACUUACAAGGUUUGACUUCUCUUGGAAGAACUCAAUGCUCAUCAGAAAACAGGGAGAAACCUAAUCUGAAAGGAAGCAUACUAAGGACAAUUUUCUCCACUCACAUCCACAUUUGAAAAGAGAAAUAGAAAAACAUAGGUAACUCUACUUUCAGAAAUGGGAGUAUUUUAAUGGACAGAAGAAACAAGCACAUUAUUCACCUGUGUUUGUAAACAUCUCCUUUUUUGUCACGGAAUAAGUGUUCACAAAGUACAGUUAAUCCUAAUAGGAAAACUUAGAAUUACAAAAGAUGACUGACAAGACGAAUGUAUAUUAUUUAAAAUUCCCCUUAAAAAGUA